GGAGCCCGCCCAGGCAGGCAGGCGGAUAGCAUCCCUGAAAGCGGAGCGAACAGCCCUUGGUGUGCCCCCGUGACGCCGGCGCCAGCGAGCAGCCAGCCAGCCCGGGGCAGCACCAAGUCCGUGCACCGGUUUGCCGCGGCAUCGAUCGGCCUCUUUCCCCUGCAGUCUGCGCAGUUCCGGCCAGCAUGUCCGUGGAGUUGGAAGAAGCCGACCUGCCUCUGACUGAGGCGGAGGAAGCGCCCCUAGCCCCGGAGAAAAAAGGUGGCGCCAAAAAAGCUAAGGGCGGGGGCUCGUCCCUGUCUCCCUCCAAAAAGAAAAAAAACAACAAGAAGAAGAACCAGCCGGGCAAGUACAGCCAGCUGGUGGUGGAGACCAUCCGGAAGCUGGGCGAGCGCAACGGCUCCUCGUUAGCCAAGAUCUACAAUGAGGCCAAGAAGGUGUCCUGGUUCGACCAGCAGAACGGGCGGACCUACCUGAAAUACUCCAUCAAGGCGCUGGUGCAGAACGACACCCUGCUCCAGGUCAAGGGCACCGGCGCCAACGGCUCCUUCAAGCUCAACAGGAAGAAGCUGGAAGGGGGCACCGAGGGGAGCGCUGGCAGCAGCGCCCCGAAGUCCCACAAGAAGGCUGCAGCCUCCACCUCCCGGCGGGCGGACAAGAAACCGGCCUCCAAGAGCAAGAAGCCCGAGAAGAAAUCGCACAAGAAAGGAGCCAGCGCCGCAGCCGCCAGGAAAGACAAGGGCAAAGCCAAGAAGGCGACCAAGAAAGCCGCCUCCCCGGGGGGCAAAAAGGUCAAGAAGUCUGCAAAGCCCAAGGCGCUGAAGAGCAGGAAGGCAUGAGGGGGGGAGGGGGCAGGGCGCCCCCAUCGCCCCACCACGCUGGGGCGGGGAGAGAGGACAUUUCCCUACCCUUCCCCCCACUCCAGCUCCCCAGGGCUCGGAGCCCUAAGACAGACUCUGCUCUGAGGACAGACCCAGGUUAUCCGCGUUGUAUUUGUAUUGCUGGCCUCGCUCUGUAGCCGUCGCCGCGGGCAGGGAAAUGGGGGUUAGGGCUGCCCCAGCCUCGCAGCCCAUCGCUCUUGUUUUUUACUUGGCAGCCCCCGAGCCCCACCCGUGAAGGUUUCUGUUCGCCCCCCGCCGCAGCCCCAGAUUUACAGGGCUAGGGCCCGCCCCCUGCCUAGUUGCCAUAGUAGCUAUUUUUCAUCAGCGUCUUCGCUUUUAUUUUCCCUGCUCCACCCCCGGUAGGGGGCGAUGCCACGUGGGUCCCACAGGUCCCGGCCCUGGCGCACUGUAGGGGGGGAUGGGGUGGGUCUUUGGUCUACUUUAGAAUUUUUUCGAACAGUGGCCACGCCCUCUAUUUUGGUUCUCGCCUUGGCGCCAUGGAAACGGCCUGUUAGGCGCCAGUUCGUGCUGAUGGCGCCUGGGUAUCUCUUAAAGGGCACCUCCCCCAGUUCGCCGAGCCGCGGCACGGCAGGCGGGCAGUGCUUGGGGGGCUGUGUGCGGGACCACGCGUCGUUAGCAGCAGCGGGGCUGCCGCAGCCUUGCGAGUCUUGUACCCCCGUUGCGGGGUGACGCUGGUUGUGCGCGUCCUGGGGAGGCAGGAGUGGCGGCCUUGUGGCCCCUCCACCCCCGGAACGCUUGUACCACGUGUUCAGGAUUCAGAGUCAAUGGCCUUUUUUGUUGUUGGUCAAUAAAUUGUUUAAACCUUU